CAAAGUCUGUAAUUCUUUCCCUGAGAGCAAACCAUUGCGAGACAGAUGACAAGAUUCACCUUCACACUAAAACCACAACUUCAACUGAGAAAGGACAGUUACAGACAGGAAUAAUGGAAUCCAGAAAGACUGCCACUUCUACUUGCUGCAGAAAUUGAAUUUCAACUUCAGCCACAACUCAAAGUGAAAGUAAGUUUAAAGGAACUUGCAAGCUAGUGAACAUCCAACUGACUAACUUCCUGUUAUAUCGUUCCACCUGGUGUAUUCAGCUUCACUGAGAGAGAAAAUGUCUUUCCAAUCUGAGAAGGAUCUGUCCUGUCCUGUCUGCCAUGACAUAUUUAGAGACCCUGUUUUUCUGUUAUGUACACACAGCUUCUGUAAAGCCUGUCUGCAAAGAUGGUGGAGAGAGAAACAAAUACAGUGUUGUCCAGUCUGUAAGAAAGUAUCUAAACACUGUGAUCCACCGUGUAACCUGGCGUUAAAGAACCUGUGUGAGGCAUUUUUAAAGGACAGAGAUCAGAGAGCUUCAGCAGAGUCUGGCACUCUCUGCAGUCUGCACUCUGAGAAACUCAAACUGUUCUGUCUGGACCAUCAGCAGCCAGUGUGUGUCAUCUGCAAAGAUUCAAAAACACACAACAACCACAGAUUCAGACCCAUCGAUGAAGCUGCACAGGAUCACAGAGAGGAGCUCCAGAAAUCCCUGAAACCCUUACAGGAGAAACUGAAGCUCUUUGAAGAAGUUAGAGGAAACUGUGACCAAACAGCAGAACACAUUAAGGUCCAGGCCCGAAACACAGAGAGGCAGAUUAAGGAGGAAUUUAAGAAGCUUCACCAGUUUCUACAAGAGGAAGAGGAGGCCAGGGUCGCUGCUGUGAGGGAGGAAGAGGAGCAGAAGAGCCGGAUGAUGAAGUUAAAGAUUGAGGCUCUGCGCAGAGAGAUAACAGCUCUUUCAGAAACCAUCAAAGCCACAGAGGAGGAGCUGAGAGCUGAAGACGUCUCAUUCCUGCUCAACUACAAGGCUGCAGUAGAAAGAGUCCAUCAGCGCCCCCUGCUGGAGGAUCCAGAGCUGGUCUCAGGAGCUCUGAUAGACGAGGCCAAACACCUGGGCAACCUGACCUUCAACAUCUGGAACAAGAUGAAGGAGAUGGUCUCCUACACUCCUGUGAUUCUGGAUCCAAACUCUGCUCAUCCUCAUCUCAUCCUGUCUGGAGAUCUGACCAGCGUGGUGUUGGGAAAGAGAGAGAAGCUUCCUGAAAACCCAGAGAGGUUUGACUACUAUCCCAUUGUCCUGGGGUCUGAGGGCUUUAACUCUGGGACUCACAGCUGGGACGUUGAGGUAGGAGACAGUACAGACUGGAAAGUUGGCAUGUUAGCAGAGUCUGUCCAAAGGAAACAAGAGCCACCAUCUGGAUUAUGGAGGAUGGGGUUCUAUAAAGAUCAAUACUCAGUACGCUCACUACCAGAAUUCUCCACCACUGUCUUUUUGGAGAAGAAACUCCAGAGGAUCAGAGUUCAACUGGACUGGAAAAAAGGAAACCUGUCAUUCUCUGAUCCUGAUACAAACACACACAUCCACACCUUCACACACACUUUCACUGAGAGACUGUUUCCAUACAUUAGCAAUCUGAAUAAACUCCCACUGAAGAUAUUACCGGUGAAGUAAAAGAGAGCAAACAGAUGGGGUUGGUUACAGGAUGACGACUAAUGACUAGGCUACACAAAGUACAAAGUUUUUCCUUAACUGAUUAUUCAACAUGUUAAUAAAUAGCAAAUUGUUCAGUAAUGACAAAUGGCUUAGCCCAUAAUCGCCACAAUAUUCGCUUGGAUAAAAUGUAUUUGUGUAUAUAUGCCCGCAUCAUCGGUGCUCUCUCUCCACCAGCAGCAAAAUAAUGUUGUUUACCAUACAUAACACCUGGUAGAGAGCGGCGCCAGUGUUGUGCCGGAGCCAGGCGAGCGUGCAAAAACUGUAAAUCAACAUUUCUGGCUAAUCCAAUAUAAUGUAUAUAAUUAAUUAUACCAGCAAUAAAGUUCACAUAUAUGACGUCGUAUAACAGGGAGUUUCAAAUGUGGAAUUACUGAUUCAUGUAUUCUGGGAUUGUAAUGACAUUCAGAAGAUCUGGGUGUGAAACUUGUAUAUUUCAUGAUAUAUUACAGGAUACAGAGAUGGAAAUUAAUGUACACUAUAACGACAAAAUAGGAUGUUAAUUCCAGACUUGACAUAGAAUAGGCCAGAUGUGCUUUGCAAGUGUUUAAAUUUCAAUUAGUUAGGAUAAAAGGGUGUUCUUGAGAAAGAUGAAAUAAAAACGAAGAUUUAUGAUGGAUUUGUGUAAAUAGUUUCAUGUGAUGGUCAUUGUUAAGAUUAUGCAGUUAUUUAUGUUUGUCUGUUAUGUGAAGGGUGGGUCAAUCUGAAUUAAGAAUUUUCCAUUUAAUGUAACUAUGUUGUUAAUUGAAAAUCUAUCUUUUGAAACCUAACAAUGAUCUGGUCGGUUAAGAGGUUUUAUUCAGUUAUCCAUUGUGCUUUUCAGUCAUCCUCAUUUUGUCAGUGUUGUCGUAUUUUAUGGUAAUUGUCAGAUUUUUAGUAUGACUUAAUGUGAUGUUAUUUGUUAUUGUAAAGUUGAUUGUUUUCAACUACUUUUUAAUAACUUUAUCUUUAAAGCAAUAAAAAAACAUAAGUAUU